ACGAACAACGUACAACGAACAGAAAAAUGGAUCACUUUGGAAGAAAUUCAUGGAAAACAAUAAUUUGCAUUGUCCUUCUUUCAGUUAUUAUUAACAAUAUCCUUGCCGUAAACAUCGAUUGUAAUCGUCCACCACCAUUGGUUGAUCCACAAAUGUGCUGUACUGAUGGAGGGAGAGAUGAAGUAUCUGAAAAAUGCGCAAAAAGAUUUGAUAUAUCGGAUACUCAUUCACAAGCUCGAAUGAACAUUGAAACUGCCACAUGCCUCGCUGAAUGCGUUUUGACUGAAUCGAACUACUUAAUCGGCCAAGAUUUAAAUAUAGCUGCUAUACAAGCUGACUUGCAGGAGAAAUUUCCACAAGAUCCUGGAUAUGUUGAAGCAAUGAUUAAAUCUUAUCAGAAAUGUACUCCAAUUGCUCAACGAAAACUUGAAGAACUUCGAAGAUCACCAUUGGGUUCAAUUGCUUUCCAAAGAAAAUGUAGUCCAUUUUCGGGUAUAAUUCUUGGUUGCACAUAUACGGAAUAUUUUCAUAAUUGUCCUGCUAAACAUUGGAAUGCUAGUGAACAAUGUGAAAUAGCAAAAGCAUUCUUACAAAAGUGUUCUGUUUUUUAAAAAACCAACUUAUAAACCCAUGCAUGAUGUACGUACUCAAGCCUUAUUUAUUCCCACUCCAUUAAAUUUAAAGUCGCCAU